CGCAUACCAUCAUCAUCAUCUUCAUCUACAUACAUGCAUCAUCAGUCAUCAACUGAUAACUAUCUCUGAGUGUUGGGUGGACAACACUGACACGCAUCAUCUCUCUCACAUUCUCAAAAUGCUAACCUUCAAUCUCAAUGCUAUCUCUUCUUCGUUCUCAGUUGUUCCAUUUCAUGCCAAUUAUCCACUGUCUACUCAAACCCAAUUGUUAGUUCCUUCCAAUCUUAGUUACUCCUUUGCUACAACAGGAACCAGAAAGUUCAAGUCUUUCCAGCUCAAGGCUGGAUUUUGGGAAUCAAUUAAAUCUGGGUUGAUGAAGAAUAACUCCAUGCAAGUCAUUGAUCCACCCUCUGCAGAUGAAGAAGACGAAGAACCUCUGCCUCAAGAGUUUGUUCUUGUGGAAAAGACAGAACCCGAUGGUACAAUUGAGCAAAUAAUAUUCUCUUCAGGUGGAGAUGUUGAUGUUUAUGAUCUUCAAGCCCUCUGUGACAAGGUAGGGUGGCCACGUAGACCAUUGUCAAAAUUAGCUGCCGCUUUGAAAAAUAGCUAUAUAGUGGCCUCACUGCAUUCUAUAAGAAAGUCACCUGGGUCAGAGGGGAAUGAACAGAAGAGAUUAAUUGGCAUGGCCCGUGCUACGUCUGACCAUGCCUUCAAUGCCACAAUUUGGGAUGUCCUAGUUGAUCCUGGCUACCAGGGCCAAGGUCUUGGUAAAGCUCUUAUAGAGAAACUGAUUCGAACUCUUCUGCAAAGGGACAUUGGCAAUAUAACUCUGUUUGCAGAUAGUCAAGUUGUGGAAUUUUAUCGCAAUUUAGGCUUUGAAGCUGACCCAGAGGGCAUAAAAGGCAUGUUUUGGUACCCGAAUCACUAAUUGCAACCCUACCAAAGCUUGUUUUUGGAUUAUGUUAACAUUGCAAUUUGCAACCAUGAAAUAUACAACGACAGAAGCAGUGACAAAUUUAUCUAUCACUUGUAAUACGAAAGUAUAAAGAUUGUACGUCAAUCCUGUAAUUAUUGUGUUUUAGGUGUUUGUAAGUUAUUCACUUCUUAAAAAAGUUUUGCAACUUUUCGAACAGAUGAUCAUGAGUCUUUGAUUAUGCCUGCUUGAUAUUUGUCUGAAAUCCGUCAGUGACUACUUACUGAUUUUUUAAUGUUUUUUUUCAGUUUUGGAUGAAUUGUUGUACUAUAUAAAUUAGUGGUUUUCUUCUGU